GUUGUUGUCCUUCUUGCGAUUGGGGCGAUAAGCUUCGUCUAAGCGCCAGAUGUUCUUGAGCUUCAUUGAAUAAAGUGGCUUCAUUGAAUAAAGUAGCUCGUCAAGAUAGAAGCACGCCGGGUUUUAAAGGAUCAAAGCGUCCGCCUGGCGAGUUCAAAAUAAAAGUAUGUAAGAUGAAGUCAAAUUUACCAAUACGUAUACGACGAAGAAGUGAUAAACGAAAAUAAUGAACUACCUCAUUUCCAUCAAAAUGUUCUUUCUUUCCCACAACUACUCUCUCGGCCUGGUGCUGCUGCUGCUCAUCGGGUCGGUGGAUUUCGGCACGUGCAGUUUAUUGGAAACAAGGACAACUAAAAGUCAAAAAACUACUGCACCAGAUGAAGCAGAAGAUAUCAAACGCGACUCCUCUUCUCCGCAAGACGAAGAACCUCCACUAGAGGAGCGUGCGUCUUUUAUGGGCGGAGAACCUCAACUUUUGCUGCCAGGCAUGACAUCAGGGGAUGAAGUUAUUGAAGACCUCGUCGGCGUGCAAGCUGAUUUUUCACCUACAUCUGGAAUUUUGUCACAGCAUGAAAAACCUCCACCACCUCCGUCGAGGACCACCACUACAGAGAACAAAACCAUGAAAACGGAGACUAUUCCGCUCAAGCUUUUGAUCACGGCAAAGGGAAGCUUGACGGCGCCGCAAGAUGGACUUGGUGUCGCGCGUCCUGGUAUCAAAUGUAAAAAUGUCUGGGUCUGGAAGAUUGCCAGGUUUGUCAUGCACAUUUUGAAUGACUCCUGAUGUCUGUGAUGCAUGCCCUAGCAUCACAGACUUUGUGAGAGCUUCCUGAUGCCUAUACCGCAUGACAAAUGCUCUUUCCGUGUAGGAAGACUUGGAAUCUAUUUGCUGCUCAUGCAAUACAGAUUUUUUUAGAAUCUACAAUCAGCAUGAGAAGUUGGAUUCUUCCAGACCCAGACAUUUUUACAGUUGAUACCUGGUCCUGGAGGAAGAUCUUGGUGUACCGCGUAUCCUGAGUAAAAACGUACCCACACCAUAGUUGUCAUGCAACUCUGCAUGGUUAAAAUGUUUCUCAUGCGGAGCCCCAUGAGAAGCGUUUUCUAAUGCGGUUUUGAAAUUUGUCAUGCUCCAAUCAGCACGAGAUACUAGAUCUGUAAUGCUGCUAAACUAGCUCAAACAGCACUACACUACGCGGACAAACUUGUCGUGCCAAACAACCAAAGCUGGCUGAUUUGUCUAGCAGAUUCCCCAUCCUGACUCUGGUGUGGAUACGUUUUUACUCAGGAUAGCGCGUCAGCAGCCUCCGCUCUGGAAGAAGAUCUUCUUCACGAUCAUCUUAGCAGAAGAACGGGCAGCGUUUUGAAAUCACAAUCACAACAAGAAACAACUCGUCCUACUUUCCGCUACACGACUACUUCCCUCUUGACGGAGGCGAUGGUUCCGCGUGACCAGCAGUUUACUACAACAGUCUCUUUGCCCUCCACCACGCAGACGAGGUUUCGCGGAGAGUUCGUGAACAACUUAAAGCGACGGGACGAUGAGGAGAAUCUAUGCUAUUGUUCAUCUUACGAAGGGCAGCACGUGAGUAAACUUGUGCUUCCGAGCUGCUCUCAUGCACCAAGCGGCAAUUUGGUGCUGCCAGACGUUUUCUCUACCAGAACAAACAGGUCCUUCGCGACGACAUUCGCAUCCUUAUCUACUUCCUGGGCAGAUCGACUAGCUGCACAAAAUUUCAGCUCAACAACAGGCUCUUCGUUCCUAGAGCAAAAGCGCAAAAAACUCGCUGAAGACGUUGCGGCGAAAUUAUCCGCUGGAACGGCAGCGAUUCUGCUCAGCGACAGCUAUUUGCUGGAUCUACCACGUCGUGGUACUAAAGUUGUACCAAGCAACAAGUACGCGGAAAAUAGUGACAACACCGAGGGCCUUGCAGAUUUAUUCGCAGACCAACUUUCCAUCCAACAACAUGAUCAUUUUCAGCUCCACCACGCCACGACGCAGGACCAGCAACAACUCAAUCUCUGGACCUUGACCGACGAAGAAUUGCAGGUUCUGAGUAAGAAAAUGCUGUCGGAGGAACAUCAGUUUCUGCAAACGAAUAUGAAAUGCAAAAGCAUCGUACUAGUACGAAUUGCAUAUACAAAUUUUCUCAGCAUGAGAAAUGGAAUUUGUAAUGCUGAUUGACCUUAGGAAAAAGAUUUGUAAUGCAUAGUGUGCAAUUAUUACGAGUGCGAUCCUUUUGCAGUGGAUAACGAAGCGCAUCGUGCGGAUUGGGCAGACGGAUCUGGACAGUGCAGAAGGCGCCAUGGCGUUUUUUUCCGCUAGUUUUCUCGACGGCCAAGGGACAAAUGACGCUGCUGGGGCAGACACGCGAAGCUCGUUGGUGCUGCAGCAGAACAGGACUGAGUUCUAUCCACCAAUAAACCGAGAAGAUGACAACUCCAUCCCAAGUGGCCCACCGUUCCGUAUUGUCGGCAAAAAAGAAUGUCGCGGGCUCACGCAAAGACAAUUGGAAGAAAUCGCGGUGCACGAGCAUGAUUUAAUAUUUCCAGCAAAACUACGUUGCGCCCCCUCGUCUUUCCGCCCAAGAAGCAAACUUUCCCCCGUACGACACGACCUCGACCGUCGGGGCGAAAAUAACUUCUUUUUCCACCACGAAAGAUCUGCCGGCCGCGACAGGACGAGAUAUCUGACGACCACCCCGCUGCUGGCACGGGUAGUAGUAUCAACAGCGCAGCAGUGUUCAACAUCUACUGCAUCAUACGAUCCGGCAGAAGUAGAAUCUCCAGAAGCAGGCGCGACACGAACUGACUACAUUGUCAGGCCUGCAGCUGAUCAUGGUUCUUUCGGUGAAAAUGCUGAUUCGUCCGGCGAGCCCAACAAGGAAACUCUGCAAGAACUAGCACAUGAUAGACAGCAGCAAGCAGCCGUGUUUCAACAAUUAUAUCCAACCGCAGCUGCAACUCCCUCUCCACCUUCCGGGUUGGAAAGCAGCUGCACAGACCACGACCAGAACAAGCGGAAAAAUAAAAUGAGUGCUAGACGCUUUAUGGUGCAGAACGCAAAACUAGGAGCAGCGCGUACUACGAUAAGCGGGACGACGAGAGAAGGUAGUGGGUCUCCUGCUGUUUCGCAAGACUUGGCGGGAAAUGGCGAAGGCGAAGCGCAUGUGCCUCCCAGCGGAAAAUUUGCGGCGAGCGAGCUGCUGCACUCGCGGACGGCGGCAAGCAGUGGGUCGUUUGCGACGGUUGAAAAAUAAGUAUGGAACAGGCUUCCCUACGCCCUGAUCCGUUUGCGGGGGCUUUGAUUUUUUCUUGUACUUGUUUAUCCUUUUGGUUUUGGUCGUCGUUUUGCACUCAUGUUCAUGAUGUUCCUUGUCCUUCUGGUAGAGCAUAACUUCGUCAGUCAUUUGUUUUUUAGCUAAAGAAGAUUGAUUUUUACACACAUGUAAUGAUCGCAAGCACGAGACACCGUUUAUCAUUUCGAAACAGAUGCGUAAAUGUCUUCGAAGCACAGGCAAGCACUACAUGCUACUUAUCCAAAGGUUCAGUCAUACAGUCGUAGUUUUGACUUUUUGAUUUACAACCAUACAUUGCAGCACGGCACCAGAGCAGCAGAAAUCUUAUCUUUGCAAUAGGCGUGGGCCUGUAGGCCUAAAUUCCGGUCGGUUGGUCGGUUGGUUGGUUGGUUUUGGACAGACGACAACUGACCGAACCCGCUGCAUUGUGUUUUGUGUUUUUCUGAGAUUCGUCUAUUGUUACUGUUGAAGCUGCCUACCUACCCACCUACCUGGCGUCUUUUCGAUUCAUUGUAGUACCGUGAUCGCACCGACCCACCUACCUACCUAUCCCUUGCCACCCAGAGACAGCUGCCUACUGGCCACGCCUACCGACCUACCCACCCACAUGGUGGGUAGGUGGGGCGAGGGAGCGCGCGCUGCCAAUUGGCCACGCCUACCGACCUACCGACCCACCAGCCUGGUGGGUCGGUGGGGCGAGGGAGGGCGCGCUGCCUAUUGGCCAGCACACCUACCGACCUACCCACCCACCUCGCUGGUGGGUGGGUGGGGCGAGGGAGCGCGCGCUGCGUAUUGGCCGCGCCUACCGACCUACCCACCCACCAGCCUGGUUGAUGGGUGCGGCGAGCAAACGCUGCCUAUUGGCCACGCCCACCGACCUACCCACCCACCUCGCUGGUGGGUGGGUGGGGCGAGCCAGGCAGCGAGCGCUGCCCCUUGGCCACGCCUACCGACCUGCCCACCCACGAGCCUGGUGGGCGGAUGGGGCGAGCGUGCGCUGCCUAUUGACCACGCCUACCGACCUACCCACCCACCUCGCUGGUGGGUGGGUGGGGUGAGCGUGUGUUGCCUCUUGGCCACGCCUACCGACCUACCCACCCACCUGCCUGGUGGGUGGGUGGGGCGAGCGCGCGCCGCCUAUUGUCCACGCCUGCCGAGCGACCUACCCACCCACCAGGCAGGUGGGGGUGUGGGGCGAGCGUGCGCUGCCUACUGGCCACGCCUACCGACCUACCCACCCACCUGCCUGAUGGGGGGGGCGGGGCGAGCGUGCGUUGCCUAUUGGCUACGCCUACCGCCCUAGACCCACCCACCCAGCUGCCAAGCGGGGGGGGGGCGGGGGCGAGCGUGUGUUGGCUACUGGCCACGCCUACCGACCUACCAACCCACCUGCCAAGCGGGGGGGGAGGGGGUGGGGCGAGCGUGCGUUGCCUAUGGCUCAACUUAUUAGCAGGGGGUUUGCAAGCAAGCGACUCGCGCAGCGAAGGGGUUGCGCAAAAAGCCUCCCUCGGCAUGACCCAGCGGGGGCUGAUCCAAAUUUUGCGCGAGUUUGUCUCUAUUUCCCAAGUGUGUUUCGCUUGGGUUGAGGAAGCGCAGGUCGUGGCUGGAGAAAAAUGCAGCACUGGGGCCCCGACCUCUUUCUAUCUCACAGGCGCAAACUCUCACGAGGCCCCCCGGAGCUCCGAUCGCGUCCACGCAGCACAGAUUUGCGUCUGCAGCGAGCUGCGCGCAACACUGAUUUGCGUUGCGCGCAACACAGAUUUGCGUCCACGCAGCACAGAUUUGCGCGCAGCGCCGAUUUGUGCUGCGCGCACGCAGCGGAGCUUUGUGUCUGCGGCGAGCUGCGCGCAGCACAGAUUUGUGGCGCGCGCAACACAGACUGGCGUCCACGCAACACAGAUUUGUGUCUGUGUUGCGUGGACACAUCGAACUCUCCUUCUGCCGAGACCUUUCUGCCGCCCUGGCGGAAGUGCCUACUGGGCGGCGAUAGGAUGUGGCGCCACCAGCCUCGCAGGGGCGGGCUGCAGCCCCGGUAGGGAGGCAGGUGCGCCGCACGCCCCGACCACCCCCCUAUCGCGUUUCGCCCUCCUUGCCGUUGCGGUUGUCUUCUAAAUUCAAAACCGAUAUGCGUUUUUCCAUAAUUCGUAAAUUCGGUCAGUUGUCGUCUGUCCAAAACCAACCAACCAACCGACCAACCGACCGGAAUUUAGGCCUACAGGCCCACGCCUACUCUAUCUUUGAUACAGUCUGUCGAGCUGCUGUUAACUACAUCUGCACAACUGCAAAACCCACGUCUGCUCUGCCAUAAAGUGGAAAAGAAAAAUGUACCGGAAAUAUUUCCAAUCGCGGCCAGGCUGUUGAAAUUGAAAUUGUGGAUACUAAGCGUAUUGCUUUUUUCUCCAUUGUGCUCGGAGGUGGG